GAAUGCAUGGUUUUUGUCUUUUUAUAUUCAGUCUAACAUGCCAUGGAUAAGAAAAUGGUGGUGUCUAACUCUGAUGAACAGUGGUCUGGAAAAACAUGGACAGAGGAAGCUUCACAUCUGAUGAAAGUGAACUUUGAGCCUGUCUCGAGGGAGUCGCGCAUCAUGAGGGACCUCCGCAGUGAUGUGUGCUGGAUUCGCAAGAAUCACUCUCUCUUCCGUGGAGAGGUGACCGAACCUACUGUUCUCCAGAUGGAGGCUGAGGAUCAGCAGGAAGCACUCAGGGAGGUCAUGGAGGGUCAACAUGACAACAGGAAUGACCCAUUCAUGUUUAUUUUUAGUAAUAGGGAGGACAUGGAAACCUUCCUCUCUAAUUGCAUUGAUGGGAUGGGUAUUAAAAUUCAUGCCAUGUUUACAUAAUACAAAUUUUUCCUCAUUUUAUUCUGUUCCAUAUACUCUUUUUUUGUUUUUUGUUUUUUUUGCACAUUUGUUCAAAUUUAUUUAUGCAUCAAUACACUACAAAUAAAAUGUUUGCCAAAUUA